CUUAUAGCCCCCCACCUCCCCACCCCCGGGUCCCAGCCCACCGCCGCUUUCCCUCUCCCGGAGGAACCCCUCCGCCGCGCCCGAAGGAACUCGAAGGUCUUCGGCAACUUCCGCCUUCAGCGCGGAGGGCGGGGCAGCUCGAGCUCCUCCCGACCGAGCUCGGCUGUUUCCGUGCGCGGCCGCUGCGCACUCGGCACUGGGCGGCGCUGGCUGGCUCCCUGGCUGCGAGUCCUCAGUCGGCGGCGGCUGCUGCUGCCUGUGGCCCGGGCGGCUGGGAGAAGCGGAGUGUUGGUAACUAAAUGACCAUGGAAUCUGGAGCAGAGAACCAGCAGAGUGGAGAUGCAGCUGUAACAGAAGCUGAAAGCCAGCAAAUGACAGUUCAAGCCCAGCCACAGAUUGCCACAUUAGCCCAGGUAUCUAUGCCAGCAGCUCACGCAACAUCAUCUGCUCCCACCGUAACUUUAGUGCAGCUGCCCAACGGGCAGACAGUGCAAGUCCAUGGAGUUAUUCAGGCGGCCCAGCCAUCAGUUAUUCAGUCUCCACAAGUCCAGACAGUUCAGAUUUCAACUAUUGCAGAAAGUGAAGAUUCACAGGAGUCAGUGGAUAGUGUAACCGAUUCCCAAAAACGAAGAGAAAUUCUUUCAAGGAGGCCUUCCUACAGGAAAAUUUUGAAUGACUUAUCUUCUGAUGCACCAGGAGUACCAAGGAUUGAAGAAGAGAAAUCUGAAGAGGAGACUUCAGCACCUGCCAUCACCACUGUCACGGUGCCAACUCCGAUUUACCAGACUAGCAGUGGACAGUAUAUUGCCAUUACCCAGGGAGGAGCAAUACAGCUGGCCAACAAUGGCACUGACGGGGUGCAGGGCCUGCAGACACUAACCAUGACCAACGCGGCUGCCACCCAGCCGGGCACCACCAUCCUGCAGUACGCGCAGACCACGGAUGGGCAGCAGAUCCUGGUGCCCAGCAACCAAGUCGUCGUUCAGGCUGCCUCUGGAGAUGUACAGACAUACCAGAUUCGCACAGCGCCCACGAGCACCAUUGCCCCUGGAGUCGUCAUGGCGUCUUCCCCAGCACUUCCUACACAGCCUGCUGAAGAAGCGGCACGGAAGAGAGAGGUUCGCCUCAUGAAGAACAGGGAAGCAGCACGAGAGUGUCGUAGAAAGAAGAAAGAAUAUGUGAAAUGUCUAGAAAACAGAGUGGCAGUGCUUGAAAAUCAAAACAAGACACUGAUUGAGGAGCUAAAAGCACUUAAGGACCUUUACUGCCACAAAUCAGAUUAAUUUGGGAUUUAAAUUUUCACCUAUUAUGGUGGGAAAAGGACUGGCUUGGCCACAACCAGAAAGACAAAAUAAACAUUUUAUUUUCUAAACAUUUCUUUUUUUCUAUGCGCAAAACUGCCUGAAAGCAACUACAGAAUUUCAUUCAUUUGUGCUUUUGCAUUAAACUGUGAAUGCUCCAACACCUGCCUCCACUUCUCCCCUCAAGAAAUUUUCAGCACCAGGAAUCAUGAAGAGACUUCUGCUUUUUAUCCCCUGCCCUCUUCAAGAAGUAAUAAUUUGUUUACUUGUAAAUUGAUGGGGGAAAUGAGGAAAAGAAAAUCUUUUUUUAAAUGAUUUCAAGGUUUGUGCUGAGCUCCUUGAUUGCCUUAGGGACAGAAUUACCCCAGCUUCUUGAGUUGACGUAAUGUUUGGGCCGCAUGCUUAAAGUAAGUAAGGUGCAAUGAAGAAGUGUUGAUUGCCAAAUUGACAUGUUUUCCCAUUUCCAUUGUGAAUCAUGUAAAAUUGUGAAAGAGAUAAUACGCGCUGAGAAAAGAAUUUUAGGAUGGUGUUGAAGAAAUUAAGAAUGAAUUCAGAGUCUUUCUAUGUACAUUCUCUUCAAUACUGAACACUUGUCCUUGGUUCUUAAAAAUACUCUGUAUUAACCAUAGCUCUUCGAUAGGGCAGUUGUUGCUUCUUAAUUCAGUUCUGUGUGUGUUCAGCAUUUAUGAAUACAUUAAAAGAAGUAACCAACUGAAUGAAAAAGCAUGGUAUUUGAUUUUAAAUUAAAUCAAAGUAAGUAAAAUUACAAAGCUUCAGUGUAGUACUAAAUUUUUAGUACAAAGAUGCUCAUUAGUAAACCAGUUCCUUGAGUUAUAUAACAAGGUUUUUAAAUAGAUGUUUUUGUCAUCACCUUCAAACAUAUUUAUAUUGUCACACAUUUACUUAAAAGGGUUUUUCUAAUUAAACUGCUCCCCUUUGCACUUAUACCACCAACAGGAAAGCCUUCAAGAUGUUGAAGUAAAGUGAUAUAUUUGUUUAUAAAAUGUUACGUGUUGUAGAAAAAUACUGAUUUUAAAUUGUUUCCAUAUUAACAUACUUUAACAGUUGAGUGAAUUUUUUAAUGAAAGAAGUUACAAAGAUAUAGUUUAAAAGUACAAUAUUAGAUAUACACAAGGAAAAUAAUUUUUUCAGACUUAUUUGAAUGAUUGCUAUACUACAAUAUUUGACUUGUCAUUCUUGCAAGACCUUGUUUGUUGUUUUCUUCCAAAAGGGAUAGGGAUGCUUAGCUUUCCAGUAUAUUGUAUAUCCUUUGUUAUUCUGUAAAGGACCUACCUGUCUUAACUCCUGACUAGAACCGUCUGUAUUUGUAUGUAUCACACAUUGUUUCCAAUAUGACUUAAUUAUUAAUACUCAUUUUAUUCACUAAGUCGAUAAAUUUAAAAGCUACCCUUUUAAAAAAAAAUAAGACGGAAUAGAUUUGAAAAAUUUGAAAUCGACAUGUUAGAUUAUAAUUUCUCAUUUGAGAAGGUGUUUUUUUUUUUUAAGAGAGUCUAAGAUUUAAUGUUUUAUAUUUAGUUAUGGGUUUUUAAAAGUUUGUUAAUGUGUUAACAAAAUAUGCAGAUGUGGAUAUUAAUUAUUGAGUCCAUUUUGAAAAGUAAGACUUUUAAUUAAUAUUUGUAAAUGGUAUUUUUUGUUUGUAACAAAGCAUUGUCUUUUUUUAAGGAUGCACAGAGUUUAUGAAGCAGCAUCAUUCUAAGAAUUGAGUGAUGUAGUCUUUAUCUUUGGACAGUUCACCAGAUUCUCAAGAAGGCUUUCAAACGACUGUAAAUUUUGUUGUUUAUCCUGCUGAGCUAACGGUGAAAGUUAUAGCAUCAAAAUUAUUUGUAUGCCAACUUAGAUAUACCAUUUUCGAAAACUGGUUUGAUAGAAACCAAGCAAAAUCAAAAAUCUGUUCACAAACCAGAAUUCUUAAAUGAGUCAGAAUGUCAAAACUGAACAUUUUAAGUCAUAAGCUUUAGAACACUGCUUAAUAUUUAGCAAAUGUUUUCAGAAAUAAGGCUUUCUGUUUAAUUAGAAAGUUGGUGGUCUCUUAGUCCCUGAUAAAUCAAGGCAAUCACAUCCAUAUUAGCUGGUUGGAUUUAUAAAUUACUUUUGAGGAUGACUGCUCUGGUUUGAAGUCAGUUAAUGAUGAGGUAAGAAGUAUAUAUUCUGUUGCUAAAUCUGUUUAGACCUUGGAGAGACUUGAAGAUUUUCGUUUAUACAGAUAGAAAUUAAGCAUCUUUUGUGAAGACUUUUUUUUUUAAGAGAAUUGGGAAAAUGUGUUUGUUUUUAAGCAUGCAACUUUGAGAAUCUUUGUUAACAACAUAAUUUUUAAAAAUCUUACAGCCAAGAAUAUAUGUGGCCACAUUAUAAAUGUUUUUUCUCUUCAUAUUGGCCAAAAGGGAAUAAAAAUGUCAUCAUAGGAAUCUGUACAUAUGCUACUGAUUUGCCUAGAAAAUAGCAAGUUUGGUAUUGCUCACUUUGCAAAUAUAGGGCCAUGUGGCACUUUUAUCUAUAGGACAGAUUAACUCUAAUAAAAAUGAAGUGGGAGGGGUUUAUUUUUGAUAUAUUGCUCUUCUGAGUUUUUAGGCUUUGAUAGUGUUUAACGGAAAAGUGGUUUAGAAAGGGCUAGAUCCAAUGUGUUCACAUUAUUAAAAAGAAUUGAUACCAGAUGUAAUUUUUAAGUUCAUUCUUUUUCAAAUUCAAGUACCAUAUUGGCAACCAUAAUAUUGUCAUAGGUGCUCUAUUCAUUUAGAUAUUCUUGGGGGGAUGGCAUUUGUAUAAUAUAUGUGUACAUAUAUAUAUACAUACAGUAUAUAUCUGAGGCUCUGAGAGCUCUUAAGUCAGGAAUGCUGAGUAUUAUAGUAUAUUGAGGUCAGAUGAAAUUUUACAUUUUUGCGUGAUCUAUUGCAUCCCUUUUGGUAAUUUCUUGGACUGCAUUACUCCAGCACUCAUGACGGAUUUUUUUAUCUGCUGAUUUUCUUUUUUUUUUUUAAUUGUUAAUUUUCUUUGACUUGAUACUUUUAAACAUGUUACUAGUCACUUGAACCACCACCACAACCACCACCACCCCCAAAAGUGUUUGGUUUUUAUGCUUUGUCUCUGGCAGCUAUAACAGUGGUAAGAACAUUUUGAAGAUAGCUUCUAAAAGGUACCACUGAUUUUUUCAGAAAUCAUCCUGGGGGAAAAUUUUUGGUGUUUUCAUUUGAGCAGGGAUUUUUGUCAGAAAAUAUACUUAGAUGGUAAGUCAAGCAGCAGUGCUAGUACCCGAAAGCACAACACCAGUCAGGCAGGCUGUCCGAUCAGAAGUCAUCUGGCUGAAGUUCAUCUCUGUCUCUCAGGCCUAAUCCCUGAUCCUUUUGACCAUUUAGGGUGACAUGUGGAAUCAUACAAAGGCUUAGGAAGAUACAAGUUUGUUUAAACCAGGAUGCUUUUACUUACUUUAAGUGACUUCAAUCAAGAUUUCUUAUUUUCAUUUCCAAUAUUUUUAAUUCUGUGAUCAGCUAUAGUUAGCUGUCAGCAUAAAUUGGUCUCUUUAUUUUGAAGAUCAGAAGGUUGGCUGCUUCAUUUUUCAGGAUUAAAUAAGACUGACAUCUUGAAGUUAAAAUUUUGAAUUAAAGUAGGUUCCAAAGACACUUGUUACACACCAUUUCAUUUUUUUUCAAGAGGCUUUGUUGCCUUUGUAACCCUGAAAACUGUUGGUAUAUUGUUUCCCAUUGACUUAAUACAAAAGUUGUAUAUUUAUUUGGAUUAUAUUUACAUUAUAUUCUUUGUAAAUGUUUGGUGUAACUUGCACUUUUAAAAUGACCCUGUUUGGGGUAUUAGCAAACUUGAGAAAUUCCCUCAUCAAUUAAUUGUCAUCUGACUUUUUAUGUCUUUCUCCUCUCUUCAAAUCAUGUGUCUUUUUUAUGGAAGCUUUUCAUUGAUUAAAAUAUUUUAUUUAACACCUAAAGGCUAGCCUUAUAAAUAGCUGUAAAAAGAGAAAAAUAAGGAAAUUAGACUAGUUCAAUUAAUUUAAAAAUGGGUUCAAACCCUAAUUCUCUUUCAUCAUGAAUAAAGAUAGAACGAAAUACAACUCAAGUGAAUAAAUAUUUAUUUCCAAUUUUAAAUGAGAUUCUGUCCUUACCCCAACAUUAAUACUAUGUAUAGGAUCCUAAGAUAUCCUUGAAUUUGUGCAGAACAGUGAAAGACUUCAAGGUAAUUAAUUAUUGUUGUCAUGGAGAACACAUGUAAUAAUUUGAUUAAUUUUUUCACUUUAAAUUGUUUUCGUUAACAUAAAAAGUAACUGUCUAAAUUUGACUGGUUUCAGAUGAGAGGAAAAGUGAUGUGUGCUUAUAGUAAGCCUGUAGGUGAAGAAUUGUGGGAUAAAUUUGUUCGCUCAGUUGUACAAAGCACAACUAGGACUUUUUGUUGGAUGGCCUACAUACAUCUUGAAUACUUCUAAUGUUGAUGUGUUGACUUUUUUUAAGUUGACUGCACAGUCACUGUAUGUACUAGGAACUGGUUUCCUUGACUGUCUAGAAUCAACGGCUGAGAGAGGCGCUAAUCCCUGAGGGGUCGAACAUAUCAUGGAGCUGAGUCAGUAUGGAAGAAUUUCAAAUCAAUCAAACAGGGUGCUGCAGUUCCAUCUGUCUCAUCUGCUGAUGAUAAGUUCUUAUUGAUGAGUGAAUGUAGCUUAAGCCUUUGUAUGUGUCCUCAGGGGGCAGACAAACUUUAAGAGGGACCAGAUAACGUUUGAAUGGAGGGAUUAUAUUUCAGGUGUUUUAGCUUGAAAUUUAUUUUUUAAAAAAAUAAAAAUAGAAAAAAAAAAAAAGAACAAAGCCUGUGAAGCAAUUUGAUACUAUAAACAGGCUGAGUUGUUUAGCACAGAGAGAAAAUAUUGACCUGUCUGCAUUCUGGUACUGUGCAUACAGGUCCUAGUUGGGUAAAACAUGACACAUUUUGAGUUAUUCUCACCAGCAAGUAAAAGGAAAAUGAAUAUUCUUCAGUAAAUGUCUUUUGAAAGGGUCAAACCAUAGGAAAUGCAAAUUUUACCUGCUUUAUACAGGCAUUAUUUAAUACUUGCCUACAGAAGUAUGGCAUUUCUAAGCUGGUGUCUGAGGAGCAUCUCAGAUAUGAGAGUAAAUCUAACAUAGUUCAAAAAUUGGUAGGGAAGGAAGAAAAUCCCUGCAGAUGAUGACCUUAGUCAGCUGGCCAAGUGAAACGAUCUGUCAUUGUGUUUGGGAGGUUUUAUUUUCUUAGGUUUUUAAAAUUGAAUUGGUAUAUGCUUUAUAGACAUUGUAUUUUUAUCCAGGUGCCACUCCAAUUUGUGUAUGUAAUAAAAUUAUUUAUAUUAAAAUUGGGGAAUAAUUCGUUGAGUAUAGAUUAGGAUGGCAGAGAAGAGUGCUAGUUCGCAGUUUUCCAUGUAAAGUCCCCAACUGAUUUGUCAUGUCAGUUGUCAUCCCCACCCAAAAAAGGAAUUAUUUCUAACCUAGCUGUAUCACUUGAAACUUCAGAAACAAAAUAAUCAGGGAAGUUUCUAGGGAGAAAAGUGUUGGGUUUUUGGUUUUGUUGUUUUGUUUUUCCUUGAGGACUGGGGUCAAGAAUACCUCCCCCAAAAACUGUCAGCACAAAACAGGGUAUUGACUUUUAACUCUGAUGUUCCUAUUGGAGUUGAAUACUAAAUAAGUAAAUAUAGUGAGGAAAAUGCAUUUCUAAUAAAACUCCCUACAUUCUAGAAGCAUCCCUGUUUUAAUUUUUUUUUUUUUACCUAAAUCUUUUUGUGCUUUGUGUAAAGAGAAAAAAAUGUACUGUUAUAAUGCAUUUUAUUAACACUAUGUACAUAUUAGCCGCUUUGUGUUCAGAAUGGUAGCAAUUGCUUUGUAUAUUAAAGUAAUCCUUGUGAAUUUGUGAAAUAUUGUCAUAAAGUGCUUUUUCUUACUGUAAUCUUUGUGGUAUCAACUGUCAUAAUGCCCUUUUUACACAAACAUUUAUGUGCUGUCACAUAAACAUGCUUUUAAAAACUC